AUGCAUACUCUACAAUCUUCCUCGCAGCUUUCCUUUAUCCCUAAGCUGGGAUGGAUAGGUCUGGGCUCCAUGGGCCUUAGUAUGGCUUCCAAUUUGCAAAAGUAUCUAUCCAAGAAGCAAGAACCAAAUCUUCGCUUUUACAAUCGCACCGAGUCUCGCGGUGCACCUCUAAAAGAACUCGGUGGAGUGCCCUCAAGCAUUACCGAAUUAGUGUCUAACUCGGACAUUGUGUUCAUGUCUUUGGCGGACGAUUCAGCAGUGGGAUCUGUGCUUGACACGAUUCUCGAGGUUGAUCAUCUUGAUAGCAAGAUCAUAGUGGACACCUCGACGAUUCAGCCUUCCUCUUCGGCGACGGCUAGAUCUAGGCUGCAAGAGAGAGGAGCAGACUAUAUCGCCUCUCCUGUCGUUGGAGCCAGUCCUCUGGCUGCUAGUGCACAGCUGCUGUGGAUCAUGGCUGGUAAGGAGACAUCCAUUGACACUGUGAGACCUUACGUUACCGGUGUCAUGGGGAAAAGUAUCAUCCCCACGGGCGAAGACGUUCGUCAAGCGAGCUAUUUAAAGGCUGCAGCGAACUCUCUGUCGAUAGGUAUGGUUGAGGUGGUUGGUGUAGCUCAUACUAUUAUUGAAAAAGCCGGGUUGGGGGUCGAAACCGCGGAAGCCUUGAUCAAGGAGCAGAUUGGUCCGGUCGGGCUGAUGGUGUCCAAUCGGCUGACCUCUGGUGCUUACAUGCCUCCUCGAGGCGAGCGGCCGUGGUCACCGGCUAUCAAUGGACUGGCAGCCGGAAGACAAGCCUUGAAGAGCGGUCCUCAGCCGAGAUUGCUGUCACUCGUCUUACAGCAGUUGGAGGAAGCGGUAGACUACGCCGAAGGGAUUGAUCGAGAGAUCGAUGCGUCUGCAAUCUAUGGGGUCAUUAGGAAGGAUGCGGGACUUUCUUUCGAGACGGAGCAGGUCAAAAAGAGGGACGGUGAUAUGUAA